AUGCCUUCUCUUCAGUCGGCUGAGGUUCAGCAGGCUGGAAGCACUGCCUCCGGGUGCGAGCUGCUCGAGAAGAAGGUUGGUAGCAAGUGCCUAACCAGUCUUUUGGGGAUCGGAACCCAUAGACUUCGCCGCCUACAAGGUGGUGGCCCUGAUUUGCGUUUUGGUCAGAGGGAAUACAAGAGCAAACCAGGGACGUGGACAAUAGAUUCAUUCCUGCAAACUGCAUACAACAACAUUGCAGAGACAUUGCCAGACCAGUUUAUCCGAAGAGGUCGCGCUUGCAAGCCCAAAGCCCCAACUGACCUGGAUGACGACACUGCUUAUUCUGAGUUUGAAAUCAGUUCUGACAUUGACAACACUGAUGAGUUGGGAGAAUGGUUGUCUACACGGUCUACUGGCCACCUGACCCAAAUUCUUCCUGGCCAGUCUUUGAUUCGAAAGUAUCUUCCUCCUGGAACAGUUGCUGAUUUGUACGAGCACUACAAAAGCAGCCAACAGAUGUUAGGUCAAUAUGCUGCAUCGUAUUCGACUUUCAAUCACGUGUACCAGAUGAGGUGGAAAGACAUCUUACGCUUCCGCCAAAAGACUAUGUUUACACAAUGUGAAGUUUGCCAGACUCUGAAGUCAGACCUAUCUGACAGGACCUUGAGUUUCAACCAAAAGUUGGGUGCCCUUCAGCUCUACAGGCAGCACCUCCACGAUCAGUAUUGCGACAGGACAGUGUGUUGGCGCCUCCAAAGUGAAAGCGCUGACCCAUCAUCGGGCGUGGUCACCAUCUGCACCGAUGGCCUUGACCAGGCCAAAUUUGGCUUGCCAAGGGACCCCCAGUUACGGUCAUCGGCUGCACUGACCCUGGGUGUAAUUCAAUAA